GCCACCGCCGUCUUUUCCGGCGCUGGCUCUGAGUGUUCUGUGCCAUUUCGCUUUUAUGGUGCUGGAGUUCACCCGGCUGUGGUGAGUUCUGCCUGCUUCGGGGUCGCGGAGGUAGCAGCGGGGAGGCAAAGGAAGCAUUGGGCCUGGUCGCCCCGGAGCCUCUCGGAUCCAGCUCGUUUCACUUGCUUCUCCAGGGGCUGUCUUUCCUCCCGGCGCGGCCACUUCCGAUAGUAGGCACACUCGGUCGGUCCCUGUCAGGAGCCGGGUUGGGAAGUGUGUUUGUCCCGCUUCCGCGGGGUGUUUUCUGGAGUGCUUCCAUCCUCUGUGCUCCCCUCUUCAAAAGCUUGGAAAGCAGCCUUUGUGAAUUUUUUCUUUCCGAAAGGAAGAGAAUUUCACUGUCUUUCUUGCGAGAUUGGCUCCGGCCGCGCAUCCUCCUGCCUCAGGAACCUGGCGAUUCCGGCGUGUUCCUGGUGAGCACCGGCAGAAGACUGGUUUCAGGAGAGUUGUUACCAGCUCCAAGCCUUUCUACUAAAGAAAGGCAGGCUGGGCACGGUGGCUCACGCCUGUAAUCACAGCACUUUGGGAGCCAAGGCGGCGUAUCACCUGAGGGCAGGAGUCCCAGACCAACCUGGCCAACGUGGUGAAACCCUGUCUCUAGUAAAAAUACAAAAAUUAGCAAGGCGUGGUGGCGGGGCCCAUGUAAUCCCAGCUGUUGGAGAUAAAUAAAAUGCUCGGUGCUGCAAAGUGAAAUCAGCAUUCAGGCAAAAGUUUUCCAAGCAAGGCAUUUCUACAGAAGGGUGCGUUUUGCGGAUGGAGCAUUGGCGGGAGCACACCGGGGAAGGGAAGGACCUGUUCAAACGCAGUCUGUGUCUUGACUGGAGGACGAGGAGGAAAGUCGAGCACAUCGCCGAUAGGAGUUCUCCAAGAUGGAGCCUCACUCUGUUGCCCGGGCUGGAGUCCAGUGACGUGAUCUCAGCUUGAUGCCUCCUGGAAUCAAGCAAUUCUCCUGCCUAGCCCAUAGAGAGCUGUGAUUGUGCCACUGUACUUCAACCUAGGCAACAGAGACCACAAAUAACCCUGUACAAAGAGGAAUGGAGAUUGCCUCUCUCCACCUAGGUUCAUAAGCUUCCCUGAGGCGAUCUUGGCAUGAAGGAAGAGAGAGCAUUGAGGCACAUCUCACCAUCAGCUUCAGAGGAUGGCAGCUAUUGAUUUGUCCUGUGGGUUUUUUCCCAGGGAAGCAAUCUGCCCUCUUGAAGAAAAGACAAAGGUAGAAAGGACGGUGGUGGACUACCUGGCAAAUGGUUAUCAGGAUUCAGUGACCUUUGAUGAUGUUGCUGUGGAGUUCACCCCAGAGGAGUGGGCUUUACUGGACACAACUCAGAAAUACCUCUACAGAGAUGUGAUGCUGGAGAACUACAAGAACCUGGCCUCUAUGGGUUGUCAGCUGUUCAUACCCAACCUGACCUCUUGGUUAAAACAAGAAGAGUUGAAGACAAUGGAGAGUGGAGUUCUUCAGCAAUGGGAAAUACAACCUAGAACCCAAGGGUUAUCACUUCAGCAGAGAUUUUUGAAGAAUGAAAUCUUCAAUGGGAUACAAAUGCAGACAAGCUACAGUGGAUGGAAACUCUGUAAGAAUUGUGGAGAGGUCUUCAGUGAACAGUUUUGCCUUAAGACACACAUGAGACCUCAGAAUGGAGGGAACACUUCUGAGUGUAAUUGUUAUGGAAAAGACGUCCUCACUGUGCACAGGGAACCGUCUGUUGGAUGGGAACUUUCCAAAUUUAAUCCAUGUGGAAAAGUCUUCACCCUAACUCCAGGCCUUGCCGUACAUCUUCAAAUUCUCAAUGCAAGAAAGCCCUACAAAUGUAAGGAAUGUGGAAAAGGCUUUAAGUAUUUUGCGAGCCUUGAUAAUCACAUGGGAAUCCACACUGGAGUGAAGCUCUGUGAAUUUCGGGAAUGUGGGGGAGCCAUCACAGCUUCCUCACAUGUAAAGCAGUGUGCAACAGUUCAUACUGGAAAGAAAUCCAAAGAGACUGAGAAAUGUGGGAAACCCUUCACUAAUUGUUCUCAACUUUCUGCACAUGGGAAAACUCAUAAAGGAGAGAAGUCCUUUGAAUGUAAAGAAUAUGGAAGAUCCUUUAGAAAUUCCUCAUUCCUUAACGAUAACAUUCAAAUUCACACUGGAAUAAAACCACACAAAUGUACGGAAUGUGGGAAAACAUUCACUAGAUCAACUCACCUUACUCAACAUGUAAGAACGCACACUGGAAUAAAACCCUAUGAAUGUAAGGAAUGUGGGCAAGCCUUCACUCAGUACACGGGUCUUGCUAUACACAUUCGAAAUCACAGUGGAGAGAAACCCUAUCAGUGUAAGGAAUGUGGGAAAGCCUUCAAUAGAUCUGCAACCCUUACCCAACAUAAAAGAAUUCACACAGGAGAGAAGCCUUAUGAAUGCAUUGAAUGUGGAAAAACUUUCAUUACUUCUUCGCAUCGUAGUAAACAUUUGAGAACUCAUACUGGAGAAAAGCCCUUUAUAUGCAAGGUAUGUGGGAAAGCAUUUAUGUUUUCCUCAGCCCUUAAAGUACACCUGCGAAAUCAUACUGGAGAGAAACCUUUUGUAUGUAAGGAAUGUGGGAAAGCAUUUGCUGUUUCCUCACGCCUAAGUACCCAUGAAAGAAUUCACACUGGGCAGAAACCCUAUGAAUGUAAGGGUAUGAAUGUUACCAUUUAGCCCAUCAGUUGCCAUUUUUAAUUAUUGGCAGUGACACCAAAGAUCAUCAUAUUUGUCUAAAUGCCUUGCGAAGGUUUGUAAUGGCUCAUGGAGUGGCCUUAGAUGCCAUCCCGAGGGUCUGAAAUUAAACCUACAGAUUCUAAAUACAA